UGAAUUUCCUUCUUUAUUAAUUUUGUAUCUUGAAAUUCUUCUUGGUAUUUCUAAUGGCUCUCCUUCUUGCAUUUUUGUUAUUUUUAUCCAUUCUUCUUUUAACUUUUUCGAUAUUGGUUGAUCCCAAUCUGAUUUUUCUUCCCAAAUUUUAUGUAAUAAUAAUUUGUAUGGUAGUAGCACUGGACUUAGUAACCCAAGAGGGUCGAAUGUUGAUGCAUAAUGUGCUAAUAUUGUUCUUUUUGUCGUUAGUGCUGUUUCUUCCCAUUUUUUCAAUUUAAUUAUGUAUAUAUCUUUUUCUGGUAUCCAUUCGAUACCUAGUAACUUUGUUCUUUCAUUAUUACCUUUAUCUUCUUCUGGUAUUUUAUUUAUUAUUUCUUUGUCACUUGAAAUAAAUUCUCGAAUAUUCAUUUUUGCCUUGUAAAACACUUCUUUCAAUUGGUGAUAUAUUUUUUCUAAUUCGUCCAAUUCGUCUGUGCCAACAAUUAUAUUGUCUACAUAAAUAUUCUUGAGAAUGUCUUCUUCAAUUAUAUCUGUGUUUUUCUUUAAAUGAUGUUGAACUACGAUCCCUAAAUGUGCUGGACUACUAAUUAUUCCAAAUGGAACUCUUUUAAAUCUAUAUGUUUUUAUUUUACUUUCUUCAUUAGCAGGGUCGGCUGGCCAAAGAAAGCGUAGCGCGUCCCUGUCUUUUUCUCUUAUACUUAUUUGUAGGAAGGCUUUUUCUAUGUCUCCUGUUAUUAAAUGUUCCUUCAAUCUUGUCCUGAUGAGUAUCCCUGUUAAAUCUUUUAAUAAUGUUGGUCCUUUUUCUAAGCAGUCAUUUAAUGAUUGGUCUGAUGCUUUACAUUUAGCACUUGCAUCGUAAACGAUUCUUACUUUGCCUGAGUCUUUCUUUACUACAGGCUGGUGUGGUAUGUAGUGUACAUGUUCUACUUUCUUUGUUGGAUCUUUUACUUCUUCUAUUAUCUCCAAUGCUAUUUGUUGUUUAAUAAUUUUGUCGUAUUCUUCUAGUAAUUUUUUAUCCUUUCUCAACCGUUUGAGUGUUGAUAUUAAUCUUCCUCUUGCUAAUGCAAAGUUUGAUUGUAAAUUACUUGCAUUUUCGUUCCAAGGUAGUGAUACUUCAUAUCUGUCUCCUGUUUCUUCAGGUGUUUUUAUAUCAUUUUCGAAUUUGAACCAUCCAUUUUUGUUCAUCCGAUAUUUCACUUGCGUCUUCCAUACCUAUCAUCUCUUUGCUUAAUAAUCUUUCCACUUUUUCUGUUAAUUUUUCUUCUUCAGUUUCGAUUUCAAUUUUAUUUUUGUCUUCCUCUUUUUCUUCAUUAUUUUGCUCAAGGGAGCUUUUUAAUUUUGUAUGGUGAUUUUGUGUGUCUAACAGAUUUCGAUUAUUAAUUUUUAAAUUUCCUUGUCCACUUAAUAUUUUUCCUACCGUUGAUUCGUUAAUCCAAAAUCCAUUUGGCAGUCUUCUUUCUGAUUUUAUGUAAAAAUCAUUGUAAUUAUCAUUCCCUAUUAAUAUUUCAGGGCUUGUGUUGUGGUUUGGUACUUUUAAUUCUCCUUGAUAAAGCUCUCUAUACUUUCCUUCUAUCUUCACUAUUGUCAUUUUUGCUAACGGUUGGUCCGUAGCUGACAUUUGAUAAAUUCUUUUUCCUCUUUUUGUUUGUAUUCCUAAUUUUGUUUUUGCAAGUGUGUAGGUGCCAAGGUUGGCUCCUGCAAAUCCUGUUAAUUUAACUUUGUUAUACUUCUCUAGUUUGAGGUUAAGUUUUUCUGCUAGGUUCUUACUAAUGUAACUCUGAUCACUACCACUGUCAAAAAAACAGAGUACCUUUUCCUGUUUGUACGGUAUUUCUGGAUUAAAUACCGUAAUUGUUGUUGUCAGUAAUAUACUAGUUUGGUUACUUUCUUCUUUAUUUGUUCGUACCGAUUGUAAUUGAAUUUCUUCUUCGAUAUUAUUGUUUAUUUGCUUUCUUUCUUCUUUCUUUCCAAAUUGUUUUAAACAAAUUGCUUGAUGGUGUCCUUGCUUCUUACAAAACCAACAUAUUUUGUUUUUGGUUGAGCAUUCUUUGCUCUGAUGUCCUGGUCUUAAACAGUUGAUACAUAGCUUCUUUUCUCUUGCUAGUUUGUA